UUCCUGCGGAGGGGCGAGCUGGCAGGCCGGCUCCUCCCCCUCUGGGCAGCGGGGUCCCGCCUCCCCUCCCCCACUGUUUGGCAGCGUCUGGGGGUCUGGGGCAGCUUCGUUCAUUCACCCGGGGGAGUUGGGUUUCCGGGAAGGGUCGGAAGCUCCUCCCUCGCUUCAUGGUGGGUAAUGGGGUGGUGCCUUUGACUCCGGGGGUGGAAAAGCGACCCCACAUUCAAGGACGCCAGUGGCAUUUUGAGCUUUACCAAUCUAAACCAGGUGCGUGGAGGGAAGAAAGUGCUUACUCCCAGCUUGAAUCCUGAGCAGCGGUUCUCUAACUUUAGUGUCCUGUGGGCGACACCUGAGAGGCGGUUAGUAACGCUCCUCCUAGGGCCCUCCAUAAGACCUGCUGAGCCUCAGGGUCUGGGAUAGAGCCUGGGAAUCUGCGCUUUCACCGGCUUACCAGGUGAUUGAAACGCAGUGGCUCACGGACCCCACUUUGAGAAACGCUGACUGGGGUGCUUGCCUUCAGAAGCUGGACUGGAAUGGGUACUUUGAGGAGAACUGAAUCCACUUUGCAAAGAAUGUAUGUUGGACAAAGACAAAGUGUCUCUGUUGAGAGACAUUGUUCACUGAGGAUUAGCAAGGGAGAGCGUAAUUUGAGUGUUUGAAGCCGCUUCGUUCAACUGAUGGGGGUUGUGAAUUUUGUGUUCAGAGCGUCAGAGGACCUGCAGGUGAAAUAGCUUCCUUUUGGAUUGCACCCACAAAGCUCAGAGACUUUGAGACAUACUCGUGUGACAUCUGCUGAUACCAGUAGUAACAGGUUAUACUAAGAUGUCAGUUCCUAAGAUCUGUCACACAGGGAGGUUGUGGUGCAGAUAGCAUAAGUGUCUCUUGACACUCUAGUUUAUAUGUAAUUGUCGUAAUUCAGUUUUAAUGAUGAGUGAAGCUCAGACUUAAUUUUCUGUCUUAUUUUGAAGUGAGUUUUCUGCGUCAAAGGUGUUGUGCAAAAAAAAAAAAAAAAAAAAAGACCGUAUGGGGGGUGGGGUUGAUACAAACCUGAAGUACACCUUUUUCUUUCUCGAAGUCUGUAAAAGUUACUGAUUUAUAAAAACUGAAGGAAUUUGGGCUACAGAAUUUUCAUUGGUGCUUGCUGUCCUCUUCCCUAGUCAUUUGUUGCCCAGGGAACAAAAAUAGCAAUUGUUUGUAUGCUGAAGUUUUGUGCUUCAGUUUAUUUUGGCCUGGCAUGUGAAGUUUGAAGAUUUUGAGGUUCCGAAAUAUUUUCUUUUUCCUGAUUCAGUCAAAAUUGGAAGCUCGGGCUAGUUUUCAGGAUCUUGUAGAAAUUUCAGGAUUUCUCUAAUGGUUCUUUACCUGGAAACAAAUAUAGGCCUGAUGGGGAAUGGGAGAGAGCUCUCAUUCUCCUGGACGAUGAGUUUUGUGUGUUCAUUGACAUUGUCCUUGGCGUUCCUGUUAAUGCUGGUGUUUAUGACCCUGGGCACCCAAGGAAAUUUGCUUGCCAGAGUUUUACUUGUUAGAGUCUCUUUAGAUUCUCGAAUUUACUGUGGUCUGAACUUCAACAUCAAGGUUGCUCUUUCUGUUUUAUCAUUGACUUCAAACCGGAUUAUCAGAGUUUUAGAAAACUACUCGGAUGCUCCAAUGACACCAAAACAGAUUCUGCAGGUCAUAGAGGCAGAAGGACUAAAGGAAAUGAGAAGUGGGACGUCCCCUCUCGCAUGCCUCAAUGCUAUGCUACAUUCCAAUUCAAGAGGAGGAGAGGGGUUGUUUUAUAAACUGCCUGGCCGAAUCAGUCUUUUCACACUCAAGAAGGAUGCCCUGCAGUGGUCCCGCCAUCCGGCUACAGUGGAGGGAGAGGAGCCAGAGGACACGGCUGAUGUGGAGAGCUGUGGGUCUAAUGAAGCCAGCACUGUGAGUGGUGAAAACGAUGUAUCUCUUGAUGAAACAUCUUCGAAUGCAUCCUGUUCUACAGAAUCUCAGAGUCGACCUCUUUCCAAUCCCAGGGACAGCUACAGAGCUUCCUCACAGGCGAACAAACAAAAGAAAAAGACUGGGGUGAUGCUGCCUCGAGUUGUCCUGACUCCUCUGAAGGUAAACGGGGCCCACGUGGAAUCUGCAUCAGGGUUCUCGGGCCGCCACGCCGAUGGCGAGAGCGGCAGCCCGUCCAGCAGCAGCAGCGGCUCUCUGGCCCUGGGCAGCGCUGCUAUUCGUGGCCAGGCCGAGGUCGCCCAGGACCCUGCCCCGCUCCUGAGAGGCUUCCGGAAGCCAGCCACAGGUCAAAUGAAGCGUAACAGAGGGGAAGAAAUAGAUUUUGAGACACCUGGGUCCAUUCUUGUCAACACCAACCUCCGUGCCCUGAUCAACUCUCGGACCUUCCAUGCCUUACCAUCACACUUCCAGCAGCAGCUCCUCUUCCUCCUGCCUGAAGUAGACAGACAGGUGGGGACAGAUGGCCUGUUGCGUCUCAGCAGCAGUGCACUGAAUAACGAGUUUUUUACCCAUGCGGCUCAGAGCUGGCGGGAGCGCCUGGCUGAUGGCGAAUUUACUCAUGAAAUGCAAGUCAGGAUACGACAGGAAAUGGAGAAGGAAAAGAAGGUGGAACAAUGGAAAGAAAAGUUCUUUGAAGACUACUAUGGACAGAAGCUGGGUUUGACCAAAGAAGAGUCAUUGCAGCAGAACGUGGGCCAGGAGGAGGCCGAAAUCAAAAGUGGCUUGUGUGUCCCAGGAGAAUCAGUGCGUUCACAGCGUGGUCCAGCCACCCGACAGCGAGAUGGGCAUUUUAAGAAACGUUCUCGGCCAGAUCUCCGAACCAGAGCCAGGAGGAAUCUGUACAAAAAACAGGAGCCAGAACAAGCAGGGGUUGCUAAGGAUGCAAAAUCUGUGGCCUCAGAUGUUCCCCUCUACAAGGAUGGGGAGGCUAAGACUGACCCAGCAGGGCUGAGCAGUCCCCAUCUGCCAGGCACAUCCUCUGCAGCACCCGACCCAGAGGGUCCCGAAUUCCCAGUUGAGUCUGUGGCUUCUCGGAUCCAGACUGAGCCAGACAACUUGGCACGUGCCUCUGCAUCUCCAGACAGAAUUCCUAGUCUGCCUCGGGAGACUGUGGAUCAGGAGCCCAAGGAUCAGAAGAGGAAAUCCUUUGAGCAGGCGGCCUCUGCAUCCUUUCCCGAAAAGAAGCCCCGGCUUGAAGAUCGUCAGUCCUUUCGUAACACAAUUGAAAGUGUUCACACCGAAAAGCCACAGCCCACUAAAGAGGAGCCCAAAGUCCCGCCCAUCCGGAUUCAACUUUCACGUAUCAAACCACCCUGGGUGGUUAAAGGUCAGCCCACUUACCAGAUAUGCCCCCGGAUCAUCCCCACCACGGAGUCCUCCUGCCGGGGCUGGACUGGCGCCAGGACCCUCGCAGACAUUAAAGCCCGUGCUCUGCAGGUCCGAGGGGCGAGAGGUCAUGACUGCCAUAGAGAGGCGGCCACCACUGCCAUCGGAGGGGGGGGUGGCCCGGGUGGAGGUGGCAGCGGGGCCACCGAUGAGGGAGGUGGCAGAGGCGGCAGCAGUGGUGAUGGUGGUGAGGCCUGUGGCCACCUUGAGCCCAGGGGAGGCCCGAGCACCCCUGGAAAGUGUACGUCAGAUCUACAGCGAACACAACUACUGCCGCCUUAUCCUCUAAAUGGGGAGCAUACCCAGGCCGGAACUGCCAUGUCCAGAGCGAGGAGAGAGGACCUGGCUUCUCUGAGAAAGGAGGAAAACUGCCUACUACAGAGAGCUUCAGCUGGACUCAGAGAUGGGCUGGGAGAUGCCUCCCAACUUCCCAUUGCUCCCACUGGGGACCAGCCAUGCCAGGCCUUGCCCCCACUGUCCUCCCAAACCUCAGUAGCUGAGAGAUUAGUGGAGCAGCCUCAGUUGCAUCCGGAUGUUAGAACUGAAUGUGAGUCUGGCACCACUUCCUGGGAAAGUGAUGAUGAGGAGCGAGGACCCACCACUCCCACAGACAAUGGUCCUAUUCCGUCUCUAGUGGGAGAUGAUACAUUAGAGAAAGGAACUGGCCAGACUCUUGACAGUCAUCCCACUAUGAAGGAUCCUGUAAAUGUGACCCCCAGUUCUACACCUGAAUCCUCAUCAACUGAUUGCCUGCAGAACAGACCGUUUGAUGACAAAUUAGGUCUUGGUGACUCAUGCCUUCCUAUGAGGGAAAGUGAUACUAGACAAGAAAACUUGAAAACCAAGGCUCUCGUUUCUAACAGUUCUGUGCAUUGGAUGCCCAUCCCAUCGAAUGAUGACGUAGUGAAACAGCCUGAACCAGAAUCCAGAGGACAUGUACCAUCUGUUGAGCCCCAGGUUGGAGAGGAGUGGGAGAAAGCUCCUCCCACCCUUCCUGCAUUGCCUGGGGAUUUGACAGCCGACGAGGGUCUAGAUCCUACUGAUAGCCUUACUUCACUCUGGACUGUGCCAUCCCGAGGAGGCAAUGACAGCACUGGUAGUUACUGUCAACAGAUGGACGCUGAAAAGCUGAAAAUCAACGGAGACUCUGAAGCACUGAGUCCUCACAGUGAGUCCACAGAUACAGCCUCUGACUUUGAAGGUCACCUCACGGAGGACAGCAGUGAGGCUGACAGUAGUGAAGCUGCAGUGACAAAGGGAUCUUCGGUGAACAAGGAUGAGAAACCCAGUUGGAACCAAUCUGCCUCACUGUCCAAGGUGAAUGGUGACCUGCGUCUGGUUACAAGGACAGAUGGGAUGGUUGCUCCUCAGAGCUGGGUGUCUCGAGUAUGUGCGGUCCGCCAAAAGAUCCCAGAUUCCCUACUGCUGGCCAAUACUGAGUACCAGCCAAGAGCCAUGUGUCUGUCCAGGCCUGGGUCCUCAGUGGAGGCCACUAACCCACUUGUGAUGCAGUUGCUGCAGGGUAACUUGCCCCUAGAGAAGGUUCUUCCACCGGCCCACGAUGACAGCACGCCAGAAGCCCCACAAGUACCGCUUACAAACGAGCAGAGCCAUGGCUCCCUGUGCCUGGGAUCUUUACAUGGUCUUGAAGAAAACAGUGGCAUGGUUGGUGGAAGCAGCCCCAUUUCUUUAAGGGCUUUGAAGGAGCCUCUUCUACCAGAUAGCUAUGAAACAGGCCCUGGUCUUGCCAGGAUUGAGGUCACCCAGGCUCCUGGAGCACCCCAAAAGAAUUCCAAGACAGUCCCAAGUUUUGACUCCCUCCAUCCAGUGACAAAUCCAAUUACUUCCUCUAGGAAACUGGAAGAAAUGGAUUCCAAAGAGCAGUUCUCUUCCUUUAGUUGUGAAGAUCAAAAGGAAGUCUGUGCCGUGUCACAGGACAGUAAUUCAAAUGCUGCUCCAGGCAAGAGCCCAGGAGAUCUUACUACCUCGAGAACACCUCGUUUCUCAUCUCCAAAUGUGAUCUCCUUUGGUCCAGAGCAGACAGGUCGGGCCCUGGAUGAUCAGAGCAAUGUUACAGGCCAAGGGAAGAAGCUUUUUGGCUCUGGGAAUGUGGCUGCAACCCUUCAGCGCCCCAGGCCUGCAGACCCGAUGCCUCUGCCUGCUGAGAUCCCUCCAGUUUUUCCCAGUGGGAAGUUGGGACCAAGCACAAACUCCAUGUCUGGUGGGAUACAGACUCCAAGGGAAGACUGGGCUCCAAAGCCACGUGCCUCUGUUGGCAGCGUCAAGAAUGAGAAGACUUUUGUGGGGGGUUCUCUUAAGGCAAAUGCCGAGAACAGGAAAGCUACUGGGCAUAGUCCCCUGGAACUGGUGGGUCACUUGCAAGGGAUGCCCUUUGUCAUGGACUUGCCCUUCUGGAAAUUACCCCAAGAACCAGGGAAGGGGCUCAGUGAGCCUCUGGAGCCACCUUCUCUCCCCUCCCAACUCAGCAUCAAGCAGGCAUUUUAUGGGAAGCUUUCUAAACUCCAGCUGAGUUCCACCAGCUUUAAUUAUUCCUCCAGCUCUCCCACCUUUCCCAAAGGCCUUGCUGGAAGUGUGGUGCAGCUGAGCCACAAAGCAAAGUUUGGUGCGAGCCACAGUGCAUCACUUUCCUUGCAAAUGUUCACUGACAGCAGCACAGUGGAAAGCAUCUCACUCCAGUGUGCGUGCAGCCUGAAAGCCAUGAUCAUGUGCCAAGGCUGCGGUGCAUUCUGUCAUGAUGACUGUAUUGGACCCUCAAAGCUCUGUGUAUUGUGCCUUGUGGUGAGAUAAUAAAUUAUGGCCAUGGGAAACGUUGUAUAUUUAGUGUGUGUAUUUUGAUAAUGAUUGAUCUUAAAUCUGUGUACAGAAUAUCAUUGAUACAAUACUCUUUUUAGGCAGGAGCACUCUUGCCUUCCCCCAGAAUUUAUAGUGCUAAAGGCCUCUGUCUCUUGUUGACCCUUCUGGUCUUGCUGGAGGGGUUUCCUGGGUAUAACCCAUUGGGCUGCCCAAGGCCAGCCAGCCUGAACUCUCCUGCAGACAGCCUGAUGUGGCAUGGAGUGGGGUUGUGGGUGGUGGGGGGACUGCCUGACUCCCAGAGGGACUUGAAACUGAAGCAAGAAGGUUGCAUUCUCCAUCAAGGGAAUUAACUUACCUGAACUAAGUAGAAAUGCCAGUCUUCCACUGCCCCCUCCCUGCCAUCUUUUCUUCUUCUACUUUGGGGAGUUGAUGGCCAGGAAAGAAGGCAGCACAGGGUUAAAGUAACUCCCAGCAUUGCCCACCAGGGGGCUGGUGCACGUGCUGACCUUAGGGUCACAGUUGAGUCAUUUGCCAGUUGACGGAGCAA